AUGGUCGAUCAAACCAUAACCGUAAUGACCCGUUCGGCAACAGAUGUGCCAACAACGGCAACCACCGCCAUAUCAACUCCGGCAGUACGCAGCACUACCACAACGGUGACAACAUCUCCAUCGACCGCCUCCGCAUCCCCACGUCAAAAUGAUGAAGUUACGCGCGGUAUUUAUAACCUAAAGAUGGUGUUUUUCGUGUUGUUGCUGCCAUUGGUGUUGUUUGCCGUUUUUCUAAAACAUUUAUUGGAUUACCUGUUCGGUUUGGGUCUCAAGGAGAAAGAUGUUAUGGGCAAAGUGGCAUUGGUCACUGGUGGCGGCAGCGGUUUGGGUCGUGAAAUUGCCCUGGAAUUGGCCCGUAAAGGCUGCAAAUUAGCCGUGGUGGAUGUCAACUCAAAAGGAUGCUACGAAACCGUUGAUAUGAUAACCAAAAUCCCACAUAGUGUUGCCAAAGCAUAUAAGACUGAUGUUUCAUCACCGCGUGAAUUGCAACUGAUGGCCGUUAAAAUUGAAAAGGAAUUGGGACCGGUGGACAUUCUAGUUAACAAUGCCUCAUUGAUGCCAAUGACAUCGACACCACAGCUGAAGAGCGAUGAAAUCGAAAAAAUCAUCACCGUUAAUUUGGGCUCUUACAUUAUGACUUCCAAGGAAUUCUUACCAAAAAUGGUUCAACGUCAAUCCGGCCAUGUUGUUGCAGUGGCAGCUUUGUCUGGUUUGGUGCCACUACCCGGUGCCGGAAUUUACACAGCCACCAAAUAUGGUAUAUUGGGUUUUAUGGAAGCUUUAAGAUGUGAAUUGCGUGAAUCGAAUUGUGAUUUUAUACGGACGACGGUGGCCAAUACGUAUUUCAUGAAAACCAGUGGUGAUUUACAUUUACUCAGCGAUGCAGGCAUCUCGAGUAGUUAUCCUGGCUUACCCACAGCAUAUGUGGCCGAGAAAAUUGUCCGUGGCAUGCUGCUCAAUGAGCGUAUGGUGUACGUGCCAAAAAUAUUUGCAUUAAGUGUCUGGUUGCUCAGAUUGCUACCCACCAAAUGGCAGGAUUAUAUGCUGUUGCGUUUCUACAAAUUCGAUGAACGCAGUAAACAUUUGUUCCUUUGGAAAUGA